AUGACUUCAAUCGAGAUCAGUGUCACUCAAGCUGAUGUUGGAAAGGCUUUAGCAAAUCUAAAGUUACCUGGAGUUGGAGCACUUUCUCAGAGUACAAUAUGUCGUUUCGAAAGCCUAACGCUAUCGCAUAAUAAUAUGAUUGCUCUUAAGCCAAUUUUACAGGCAUGGCUGGAGGAAGCGGAAGCACAAGCUAAAAACAAAAGAAGAGAUCCGGAUGCUCCUAGUGUUCUUCCAACAGGUGAAAAGAAAAGAAAAAGGACUUCCAUUGCGGCUCCUGAAAAACGAUCACUGGAAGCUUACUUUGCUGUACAACCGAGGCCUUCUGGAGAAAAAAUUGCUGCUAUUGCUGAGAAGUUGGACUUAAAGAAAAACGUAGUGCGUGUAUGGUUCUGCAAUCAAAGGCAAAAACAAAAACGUAUAGUUAGUAGUGUCACACCAUCAAUGACUGGUCAUGGUUCGACAGGGUUUGGAUACUGAUAGUCACUUUUUUCUGGAAACUUCAAUAGAUGAAGCAUUUCUAAGUUGCUGAAUUAAAUAACAAAAUUUACUUAAAGGAAUGCCAGGCAAACAAUGGACCAACCAAAAACACAAUUCUGAUAAGAAUGAACAAUUUUCUAACUUGUACAGAGGCAUUAAUUAUAUAGCAUUUUUAUACAGCAAAUUGGACAAAUCUUAGAAGAAAAUUAAAACGAGUAAGAGUUGAAGAGAUUUGCAGUGAUUUUGAUGCUUCCUGUUAUCCUGUUUUGAUGCACACAAACAAAGCUCAAAAAACAGGAGUCAUUAUAAAUUUACCUAUUGAAAGGAUGCAACGAAUUUACUGUGUUGCCAAAGUAUUUAUAUUAUUUUAGUUUUUUAAUAGUCAUAUUGUAUUAAAUAUAAUAAUU